GCCAUAAAAUCCAGAUGACGACAUCAAUCCCGUUCACAAACCUUGCCCGUGUUGCAUCGAUCUCUCGCCAUCUGUCGACCCCUUGCCCCAAUUUUUUUUAGCGCUUGCAUUCAUUCAUCCCCAAGAUGCCAUCCUCGUGGUCGCUGACGGAGCAUCUCCUCUCGAUAUCACCUGACGGGUACAAGGCCGCCACGCAGUCCCCAUUCCUCCUCGCCGCCGCUGAGGGGAGGCUUCCCAAGGAUAUCCUCGGCCAGUGGCUCGCCAACGACCGGCUGUACAUCCAUGCGUACAUCAAGGCCUCGGGCCACAUGCUGGCCUCGCUGAACCUGCCGCAGCACGUCCCCGACGUGGAGGCGCCCGAGACGCAGCUUGUUGACUGGUUCACCGAGGCGCUGGUUGCCGUGAGGCGCGAGGAACGUCUCUUCAUUGACGUUGCUUCCCGCUACGGGCUGCGUGUCGACCUGGAAGCCUCGGAGGCUGCUCGAGGGCUGGCGGAGCCGAGCUCGGUGUCUUCCGAGGAGAAGAUUCUCGGACUCGUCUUGAUGGAGGAGCUAUUCGCGUCGACUGGCCCGUCUGAUGUCGGCACGUCGAGCGCAUUGACGCUCCCGUGGUUGGAAGGCGCGGUCACGUUCUGGGGUACGGAGAGGUGCUAUCUGGAUGCCUGGUCGUGGGCAAAGUCUCGCCAAGUCCUGGGGGCCGGCUCACAGGCACGGGAAGACGCGGAUGGAGGGGCGUUGCGAAAAGAGUUCAUCCCGAACUGGAGCAGCUCAGAAUUUGCCAGAUUUGUCGGCAAACUGGGAAGCAUCAUUGACCUUGCCGUAUCCGACGCGAUGGGAAGCCUUGGGGAACAGAUUAAAGAUGAGCUGCUGGAACGCGUUGAAGGAAAAUGGAAAUCCCUCCUCGCUGCAGAAGCUGCGUUCUGGCCAGCCAUCGAGUAAGAUAUAGCACAGUGUAGCUAAUUCUGAAAAGAAAAAGUCCCAGAACAGAAAAGAGCUUCGCUGUGUGUACCCCCAUUUCCCGCUAUGUGUACCCUUUCCCCACGUAACCAUGUAUUUAUUUCAGUCUACCUAGAACUUGCGCCAUCUAAUGAUACAACUACCAAUGUCUGCUAUAUCUUACACAAACUUCGUUACAAGUACUGCACCAGCAGCUCCUAAAUCAAAUGCUACAAGAGAUAUACUUUAAGGAACGCUAAGGCGUAGGUGCAGGC